AGGCAGACCGAGAACCCGAAGCCAAGGGCCAAGGACUGCUCGGAUUUCUUCAGUUUGCAGGAGCUGAAAUUGGACCAAAUUGUCGUAAAUGACAAUCCUUUGUAUCUAUUUUAAUGAGGAUUGAUACUGCAAAAUCCUGGAAAAUCCUUGUUGCCAAUGCUUAGGAUUGAGUAGAAGCAAAAAUUGACCUCUCUAUAUUAAUUUAAACACUUAAAGAUGUCAAGUCCACCAAACCCGAAGAAAGCGAAGGUUGUGAAAGUAAUGAAGAUGCCGAAAAAGCAGAAAAUUGACCCUGGAGAAAAGUGCAUCGUCAACAGCUGCAAUUCCAUGGGCAGCAAUGAAGCUACUACAAAAAUCAAACUUCCAGAUGUCAAUUCAAUGCGCAAGGAAUGGCUCAAAAUAUGCGGUCGUGCAGAUUUGAUCAAUUCAGCCGAAUACCUGAAGUACUUCAUUUGUGCUGAACACUUUAAAGCCGCAGAUUUCACUGGGGCUACCCACGUGAAAGUGAGGCCCUCAGCCAAACCAUCAGUUUUCAAAACUCCUCCGUCAUCAGUGAAGCCAAUAAACCCGAACAUUGCUUCUGUGAAAACUUAUGGAAAGCAGCCAAUUCUUCCCAAGCCACCGGGACAUGUGGCCGUUCCGAAACCUGCGGCCUCACCCCUGACAAAAACCUCAGCCCCGAACACUGGCCAACAAUUUUUCCUGCUGACACCUUCUGAGCCAAACGCAGCCGGAGUGACAUCCCUGAUCCUCACUGCUGCCCAGCUGAAGCAGCAGCAGAUCGUAGUGAAUCCGUCGGCAAGCCCAACUUCCCCGAACGCCAGGAUUUUGCCUCUUUUGAACCAGCCUGCGCCUGGACCUUCGAACUUGGACAAGGGGACUUUGGAGAGUCCGCCACCUGCGAUUGAUAUUCCGCAGCCCAAGCCCAAGGCAAAGUCGCCACCAAGCAAGCCGAGCAAGAUGAUCAUCUCUGUUCCAAAAUCCCUGUACAAGGAGUACAAAGAAGGCCGUGUCACUCUCGAGCAGCUCACCAAAUUAUCCAAAAAGCCUGUGAACAAAGACGACCUGGCGAAGAUUCAACAGAUUCAGAGUAAGGGGAAGAUCAUCAAUCCGCCGAAAAGAGUGAUCAGAUCUACAGACUUGGUGUUGGACGAGGUUUCAAGCACCCUGGCCUCUGCGCCCGAGCCUGUUGCCAUUACGAAAGCUCCACCUUUGUCCGAACCGCCACGACCUCCCAGACCCCUUCACCAGGUCGAAAUGGACCUGAACACGCCCCAAAUCAGCGCUCAGGUCCAUCAGGUGGCUCCGAGACUGCCAAUCAAAGCCAGAGGAGCUGCGUACAAUUUGCAGAAGUGGGAUCUCUUCAUUCCAAAAACUUUCAGGGAUUGGCCUGUUCCUGCUUCAGUUUUGUACGCAGCCGCGAUGCAGUUGAAGCAAAACUACAUUGAAAGCUUCAGCGGAAAGGAGCGGUUGGAAAUCGAAACCAUUCUGCACAUGGUGGGCCACUACACAUCCCUCGGCACCAACAGCAGGUGUCACGUGAGAGAACGAGUCCACUUCUAUCUGAAGAAAAUGCAGCAGGAGCUGUUGCACGGCAAUGAACUCGAGGCAAAGAGGAAGAGGAAACGUGCCGUGCAACCUGCCGAGUCGACCACUAAAGCCAUAGAAAACGAGCAAAAUGAGAAGCCGACGGAGCAGGAGGAGACAGAGGAUCAGGAAGGAGAGCCGGAAGCGGAGGAAAUGGAGCAGGAUGCUUCACAGGAAUUGCCAGACCUGAGUGACACGCUGUAGUUAAAGUGGUCACAGCCUAUGUUAAGUUGUAAAUUUUUUGUAAGAUUGAGUGCAAAUCUAAUAAAUUCUUGGUGAAUAUU